AGCGAAAAACCGAACAACAAUGGCUCCCAAAAAGAAACAACAGCAGAAGCAGAAAAGCACGGCCAAAACGCAAUCUUCGUCGUCGUCGGCGACGGCUUCCGGAGGUCCCAAGCUUCACAUUUCGGCUGAGAAUGAGAAUCGGCUCCGGAGACUUCUUCUGAAUUCGGGUCGGACGGCGCAGUCUGCUGCGGCUCCGGUGGACGAUUCCCUCUCCAAGACUCAGAAGGCUAAGAAGCUUAAAACCAUUUACGAGAAGCUUUCUUGCGAAGGCUUCACUAAUGAUCAAAUUGAGCUUGCUCUCUCUGCUCUCAAGGAGGGUGCUACGUUUGAGGCUUCUCUUGAUUGGUUGUGCUUGAAUUUGCCUAGUAAUGAGCUUCCAUUGAAGUUUUCAAGCGGGACAUUUCAGCACAUUGAUGGAGGUGGUUCUGUUCGCGUCUUAUUGGCUGCUCAGGAUAAUUGGGCUCCUUCUGUGGAAGCAUCAUCAAAUAUAUUUGAGGAUGAAGUGGGCAUUUCUGUUAAAACAAAGGGACAUGGUAAAGAUGAGACUUUGGACUCAUGCCAACCUUCUCAGGCAGAUUGGAUCAAACGCUACGUGGAACAACAAGAAGAGGAUGACUCUAAAACAUGGGAAGAUGAUUUACUUGGUACUGAGAAGAUCUCUGAACCAAGGUCCUAUGAUGUGAUUGCUAAAGAAUAUCGUGAUGCACGGUUGGAAGCUAUGAGAGCCAAAGAAAAAGGUGACAAGAAAAGUAAGGAACAGGCAGGAAAUAUCAUCCGCAAACUGAAGCAAGAGUUAUCUGCAUUAGGUUUAUCUGUUGACAUUUUGGAUUCAGAGUUUGAGAACGAACAAGCUUCUUAUGCAGCUUCUGAGGCAACAAAUGUGAGUUCUGUUCCCCACAACCAGUCUGAAGGAGAAACUCCUGGUGAUGUAGAAUGUGCUUCUGCAUUUGUUUCGCAUGUUGACGAAUCAAUUGUUGAUGGAAGGGUCAUGGAGUUGUGUGGUUCCGAAGAGGUUUCUGUGAAAGCUACUACAUCAGAUGAACCUAUUAAGGAUAAAGACUCUGCAGAAGAAGAGUCCCCAGAUGUAGAGCUCGGUGAUUUCUUUUCAGAAGAUGGUCCCCAAAAUGAAAGUCUCUCUCUUGAAGUUCAAAAACUGCAGCAGAAAGAAAAAAUGAGAGAAAUGCUUAGUGACAAAAAUUUGGAGAAAUUAGCUGGUAUUUGGAAAAAGGGAGAUCCUCAAAAGAUUCCUAAGGCCUUUCUUCAUCAGUUAUGUCAAAGAUCAGGGUGGGAAGCCCCUAACUUCAAUAAAGUGCAUGGAAAAGGAAAUAGUUUCUCGUAUACUGUGAGUGUUUUGCGUAAAGCCAGCGGGAGGGGUAAGAGUAGAAAAGCUGGGGGACUUGUCACCCUUCAGCUUCCCGGUGAGGGUGACACUUUUGACUCUGUUGAGAAUGCACAAAACGCAGUGGCAACUUUUGCUCUUUAUCGGCUGUUUCCAGAUCUCCCAAUACACCUUGUGUUAACAGAGCCUUAUGCUUCAUUAAUUAUCCAGUGGAAAGAAGGAGAUUCAUCAGUCAACGUUGAAGACACCGAGGAAGAUCGACGUGCAAGCUUUGUAGAUUCACUAUUGAAUGCUGAUGGUUCUAGGUCAAUUGUUACCACUGAUAGUUCAAUUAAUAUUCCUCAAGAGAAAUCUCAACAAUCCCCUACUGAAGAAAGUGAAAGUUCAGCUGCAACUGUUGUUGAUUCAGCUGUUGAAAGAGUGAAUCAUCAGAAAGAAGUGGAAAGCGCUUAUUUGAGAAAAGAGCAGGAGAAUAAAAUGAAGAUGCGCAAGUACAGGGACAUGUUAAAAACUAGAGCUUCACUUCCUAUUGCUCAGCUAAAAGGUGAUAUAUUGCAGCUACUGAAAGAUAACAAUGUUCUUGUUGUUUGUGGGGAAACUGGUUCUGGGAAGACAACUCAGGUUCCACAAUUUAUCUUGGACGACAUGAUUAACUCUGAACGCGGUGGGCAUUGUAAUAUCAUUUGCACACAACCCAGAAGAAUAGCGGCUAUUUCUGUAGCUGAAAGAGUAGCCGAUGAGCGUUGUGAAUCUUCACCCGGCUCAAAUGAUUCCUUGGUUGGUUAUCAAGUUCGUCUUGAUAGUGCAAGGAAUGAAAAAACAAAGCUUUUAUUUUGUACAACGGGUAUCCUUUUGAGGAAAAUUGCGGGAGACAAAAACUUAACUGGGAUUACGCAUGUCAUAGUUGAUGAAGUGCAUGAACGCUCUCUUUUGGGUGACUUUCUACUUAUUGUUCUGAAGAAUCUGAUUCAGAAGCAAUCGGCUCAGAAAUCUCCAAAACUGAAAGUUAUUCUUAUGUCUGCAACUGUUGAUUCAGAUUUAUUUUCAAGAUACUUUGAUCACUGCCCUGUGAUUACUGCACAAGGCAGAACACAUCCCGUGACAACUUACUUUCUGGAGGAUAUAUAUGAAAGUAUUAAUUAUCGGUUGGCUUCAGAUUCUCCAGCAUCUGUAAGAUAUGGAGCAUCUGGAAAAGAGAAGAGUGGUCCAGUAAACAACCGAAGAGGAAUGAAAAAUCUUGUUAUGCAAGCAUGGGGUGACGAUACAAUUCUUUCUGAAGAACGUGUUAACCCGUACUAUGUGCCAGAGAGUUAUCAUUCAUAUAGCGAGCAAACUCAACAAAAUUUGAAAAGAUUGAAUGAAGAUUUCAUUGAUUAUGAUCUUCUCGAAGACUUGGUCUGUCACAUAGACGAAACCUGCAGUGAGGGUGCAAUACUUGUUUUCUUGCCUGGAGUGUUUGAAAUUAACAUGUUAGUGGAUAUGCUAGCUGCUUCUUAUCGAUUCGGUGGACCAUCUUCUGACUGGAUUCUUCCAUUACAUUCAUCUGUUGCAUCAGCUGAUCAAAAGAGGGUGUUCUUAAGACCACCCGAGAACAUUCGUAAAGUCAUUGUAGCCACAAAUAUUGCCGAGACGAGUUUGACCAUAGAUGAUGUGGUGUAUGUUAUUGACUGUGGAAAGCAUAAAGAGAAUCGUUAUAAUCCACAGAAGAAAUUGUCAAGCAUGGUUGAAGACUGGAUAUCUCAAGCAAAUGCAAGGCAACGCCGUGGCAGGGCUGGACGUGUAAAACCUGGAAUUUGCUUUUGCUUGUAUACACGUCACCGUUUCGAAAAACUUAUGCGACCUUUUCAGGUUCCAGAAAUGCUUCGAACUCCAUUAGUAGAGCUGUGUUUACAAAUAAAAUUACUUUCUUUGGGAUUCAUAAAGCCAUUUUUGUCUGAGGCUUUGGAACCUCCUAAAGAUGAUGCUAUGAAGUCGGCAAUUUCAUUGUUGUAUGAGGUCGGUGCUCUUGAAGGAGAUGAGCUCCUUACUCCUCUUGGACAUCAUUUAGCUAAACUUCCAGUUGAUGUAUUGAUUGGGAAGAUGAUGAUAUAUGGUGGAAUAUUUGGUUGCCUGUCUCCCGUUCUCUCAAUUUCGGCAUUUUUGAGUCACAAGUCUCCUUUUGUCUAUCCAAAAGAUGAGAGACAAAAUGUUGAAAGGGCUAAGUUGGCGCUUCUAACUGAUAAGCGGGAUGGUCCUACUGAUUCAUAUGAUGUUGACAAGAACUCUGACCAUCUGUUAAUGAUGGUUGCAUAUAUGAAAUGGGAAAAGAUUCUUCGCGAGAAAGGGGUUAAAGCUGCACACCAUUUUUGCAGCUCUUAUUUUUUAAGCAGUUCAGUUUUGUACAUGAUAAGAGAUAUGAGAAUACAGUUUGGAACCUUGCUUGCAGAUAUUGGGCUCAUCAGUUUUCCAAAAAAUUUCCAGGUUGGACGGAAGAGAGAAAACAUUGACAUUUGGCUUUCUGAUCCAUCACAGCCAUUCAAUAUGUAUUCACAUCAUUCAUCAAUAGUAAAGGCAGUAUUAUGUGCAGGUUUAUACCCGAAUGUUGCUGCCACUGAGAAAGGAAUUGCUGGAGCAGCACUUGGGAGCCUUAAACAGUCUAUUGGUUUGACUAGUAAUAUAAUCUGGUACGAUGGAAGAAGAGAAGUUCACAUACACCCUUCGUCUAUCAACAGUAACUGGAAAGAAUUUCGAUAUCCUUUCCUUGCGUUCCUUGAAAAGGUUGAAACCAACAAAGUGUUUCUUAGAGAUACCACCAUCAUAUCUCCAUACUCGAUUUUGCUAUUUGGUGGUUCAAUUAACGUCCAGCAUCAGACCGGGCUUGUCAUCAUUGAUGGAUGGUUAAAAUUGGCAGCACCAGCCCAAAUUGCUGUUCUGUUCAAGGAACUUCGGUUGACUCUUCAUUCUAUUUUAAAGGACUUAAUAAGAAAACCAGAGAAUGUGAAUGUUGGUUCUGACAAGGUUAUUAGCUCCAUAAUUCAUUUAUUAUUGGAAGAAGACAAACCACCAGCAUGAUUCAUCUGGUUUUUGAUCCAUCCUUGUGUUGUCAUCUCAAGAACCGAGCUCUUCGAGACCGAGUAUUGGUUCGAUUCUGGUGGAGCAGAGUCGUGGACAUCAUCAACAGCCGCGGCUUAAUGAAAUCGAGUAAUGGAAUUCUUUCUUCAUCCUAAUCAAGUUUAAUGUCUGAUGUCCUAAUACAUUUGCUCUAACUAAUUGGUAUAAUUCCCAUUGAUGAUGAAUCUUAUCAAUAAAAGGAAACUAUCAUAUACAUAUUAUUAUGCAAAACAUUUAUUUAUGAAUGAAAGUUUUGCUAUGAAA